AUGGACGUGUUAACGAGACCUGCUGAGGAGUUCGGUAACGAUGAAACCCUCGAACAUCUGUGGGCAGCUAGAGCUAUGGAACACAGCGAUAUUUACUUCAAUGUGCUCUGUUCUGUGGACACAAGAUGGCUUAGAUUGACUCCGCAUGAUGAUCUGAUAUACACCCAUUUUAGACAAGACUUUCCCGACCUCGAUGUAUCCUACAUAAAGGAAAAUGAGAUCAAGAAUAAUGUUAAUAAAGCAAGGUGGCGUCUAUUUUGUGAAAAGUUUAAAACAAUCGUAGAGGAUUACAGUUUCGGUACUUUAAUGCGUGCUGACACUAAAGGUGAUUAUUCAGAACAGAAUACCAUUUUAGUGCCUCGUGUGCAGUUUUAUGCUAUAGAAAUCGCCAGAAAUAGAGAAGGAAUGAACAAUGAAGUGAAAAAGCAUUACAAAUGUGCAUCCAAGGCCCACAUGGAAAUUCACAAUAAAAGUGAAGUCGCUUUAUAA